CCUUGAUUACAUUUGCUACAGAUCCUUCUUGUUACAGGUCGUCGACUGUGGCGAUCUGGUCCUGAUGCCCGGAAUCGUUGAUUCCCACGUCCACGUCAACGAGCCAGGUCGCACGGCCUGGGAAGGGUACGAUUCGGCCACGAAAGCGGCCGCAGCUGGUGGCAUCACUACCAUUGUCGACAUGCCUUUGAACUCCAUUCCUCCCACAACGACCAUGAAGGCCUGGGAAGAGAAGAUGAACGCAGCCAAGGACCAGUGCUGGAUCGACGUUGGAUUCUGGGGCGGAGUCAUUCCAGGAAACGCUGACGACCUGAAGGAGAUGGUUUCCGGGGGCAUCUGCGGCUUCAAGUGCUUCCUCAUCCACAGUGGAGUGGAUGAGUUUCCGUGCGUCAACCGCCAGCAAGUGGAGGAGGCUCUCAACCAGCUUGCAGGGACGCAGUCUGUGCUUCUGUUCCACGCCGAGUGUGACAUUGGCGACACCAUCACUGAAGAAGACCCAAAUGAGAAAUAUAGCACCUUCCUCAAAAGCCGUCCGCAACAGAUGGAGCAAGUUGCGAUUGAGCAAGUUAUCGAGCUUUGUGAGAAGACGAAAGUAAGAUGCCACAUCGUCCACUUGUCUGCGAGCAAAGCCCUGCCCAUGAUAAGAGCGGCCCAAGCAAGAGGAGUGAAACUCAGCGUGGAAACGUGCCAUCAUUACUUGGCCCUCAAGGCUGAGGACAUACCAGACAGAGCUACCCAGUACAAGUGCUGUCCGCCCAUUCGGGAGUCAGAGAACCAGGAGAAGCUGUGGGAAGCUGUGAGGGACGGCACCAUCCAGCAGGUGGUGAGUGACCAUUCGCCCUGCACUCCAGACCUCAAGUUGCCUGGAAAGAUGGACUUCAUGGCUGCCUGGGGCGGGAUCGCUUCUGUCCAGUUUGGACUCUCCUUAUUCUGGAGCGAGGGCAGCAAAAGAGGCUUCAGCCUGCAGGACGUGGUGAAACUCAUGUGUGUUGGUCCGGCCACCGAGGCGUCGCUCCAGAGGAAGGCCGCCCUGGAAGUUGGACACGACGCCGACUUCGUCGUCUGGAAUCCUGACGAGUCCUUCACGAUUGACGAGUCGAUGAUUUAUCACAAAAAUAAGGUGACGCCAUACUUAGGCAAGACACUGAAAGGCAGAGUCCACAAGACCAUUCUCGGAGGCAAAGUGAUAUUUGACGAAGGAAAAUUCACUUCCUCCAGACCUCAGGGCAAGUUUGUCUUUGCGUCCACUCCAGACUCUGCUGUAUCGGCCAGGCUUUAGGUCAGACACGGCAGCUAGUGAACUCUGAACGCAGUUGCAUCUCAAAGGUAAACGCUCAUUUAAAGCUUAUUUAAAAAAAAAAAAAAAAGAUUCUCACUCGUGAAUGUUUUCUGAAAUACGGACGACGUGUUUCAGAUCAAUUAGUUGUGUAUCUCUGGUACAGUUUCUUGACUGUAUCCACAGAACCAAAACUGUAACCUUAUAACAUUUAUGAACAUAAAGUUUUCUAAUGAGA